UGCUUACAAUUAUCAUCGCCCAAUUUUUCUCCCCACUUUAUAAAUAUUGAAAUUUUCAACUAGUUGCAAUUCUGGGUUCCAGAAUUCAUAGAGACUGGUAGAUGCAGAUGUUGUGGUAUCUAGUAUUUAGCUUAAAUUGUUAGGAUAAAUUGAACAAGAAGAGUACCAAUAUUAGAAUGGUUUUAUUACCAAUUUCGUCUCACAAAUUGGAAUUAAAGAAAAACAUUGUUCUGUAAGUACAGAUAAAUCUGAUAUUUUCUUCAAAAAGUCAUCUGCAUAGUAUAGAUGGAAUGUUCGAAGAUAAUUUCGAAAUUUUAAGCUGCAAUCCUCGCUGAAAUGAUAACCCUCCAACUUUCACUUCUGAUUGUAGACAUACUUUUCGUUGUAAAACGAUUUGUACCUGUUCUAAGAAUAGGAAGCAGUUUAUCGGAUGAUGGGCCCAAACUUUUUGUUUCUUUGUGAGAUUUAGCAUUCGUGCAAGCAAGUUGUUUGACCUGUAUUGGGUAGGCCAUCACGUACUCAACAUAAUCUUCAAAGGACAUCAGUUCGCGUGUGAAAACUGGAAAAGUUUACAAUGAUAGCUGGUUGUUGGAAGCAAUACUGGGAAAGCGAAAUAUACAACGCUAAAAUGCUAAAGAUGAAUCUUGAAGGCAAGCCGCACCUUGGUCAUCCUUGAGCUUAGGGUAGUUCAGAGGUCGAAAGCCCUCUAUCCUCUCCCACUUGCUGAAGCUCAACCCAAAAAAAAGAUCAGGGUGAUGCAGCCCAACCUCCAAGUCAGGCUGCAAAUUUGACAAUUUUUGCAUCUUACACAAGCAUGGGAUGUUUUCGUAUAGUGCAUAGACAGUUCAGCUCGUUGAGUCGUUCGAGAGAGGUAGCUAAACAGUCGCCACCAAGAUCAUGGAGGAAGCUGGCAGCAUCUGUGGCAGUUAUAGGUUGUGGCUCGACCGCCUACUACCAAACGCUCACCAAUCAGGAGAGACGUGUACUGAAAGUGACGGCUGGCGGUGUUGUCAGAUUCAUUAGGUCUUCGUGUGUAGGUGUGGCGAUUUCGGCCGACUACUGGUGGUCGCUGAGAGGCCUGGACGAGGGCUGCUCAGAGUACGACGAUGUGAUUGCCGAAGUCCAUCAGCGGUCAGCUGAUCGCAUGUUGGCGGGGUGUCUCGCCAACGGUGGCCUCUACAUCAAGCUCGGCCAGGGCAUUGUCUCCAUGGACCAUGUUCUGCCCAAACAGUACACCACCACGCUCAAGGCGUUGCAGGACAGGUGUCUGACUCGAGAGAAAGGCGAGGUGGAACAACUGUUUGCUGAGGACUUUGGAAAAUCAACGAGUGACGUGUUCUCAGAAUUUGAAGAGACUCCAAUUGCCGCUGCAAGCUUAGCGCAGGUAUACAAGGCGAAAACGAAAGAAGGUAAGAGUGUAGCCGUAAAAGUGCAAUACAUCGACCUGCAGGACAGGUUCACAGGAGACAUCAGAACAUGCCAGCUACUAUUGAGAGUGGCUGGAAAAGUAUUUCCAAAGUUUGACUUUGAAUGGGUUCUAAUGGAACUCAAGGAUACAUUAGAACAGGAACUAGAUUUCCUCAAUGAGGGAAAAAAUUCAGAACGUUGUGCCAAAGAUUUGAAGCAUUUCAAUUUUGUCUAUGUGCCUACUGUUUUUUGGGACUUAUCUACAAAGAGAGUAUUAACAACAGAAUUCAUUGACGCUAUCAAAAUAAACGAUAAAGAGGGUCUGUUGAAAAUGGGUCUAUCGUUAGCUGAUGUGGAUGGCAAACUGUUUAGAACUUUCGCUGAACAGAUUUUCCACACGGGAUUUGUUCACGCUGAUCCUCAUCCAGGAAACGUUCUUGUUCGCAAGGGGAAAGACAAGAAAGCAGAACUAGUAUUGUUGGACCACGGCCUCUAUGAAGACGUACCAAGCACAGUUCGCAAAUCACUGUGCAGCUUAUGGAAGUCAAUUAUCCUCAAUGACCAUAACUCCAUGAAGAAGUACUCUAUGGAACUGGGUGUCGAUGAAUGCGACUACCGUCUGUUCUGUGUAGCCCUCGUGCAACGGUACAUACCCGAUCCGAACGAGCCAGGCAAAGACAUUUUCAAGUUGCUAUUCAAGCAUCGCGGUGGCUCAGGCAUAUUUCGCGGCCGAUCCGAAGCUGAGAAAGAAAGCAUACGUCAGCAGAUCAUGGACGUGCAUGAUCGCAUGCUGGUCGUGUUUCGAGCCAUGCCAAGCAAACUCAUGCUUGUCACUAGGAAUAUCAAUACGAUUCGUUCAAUAGCUCGAGGCCAUGGUGACCCGGUGGAUCGGUACAUGGUGAUGGCGAGGAGCGCCACUCAGGGAGUCUUCUUCACUCAAGGCCAGAGUCGGCUCGCUCUCAGGCCCUACUUGGCUCGGAUGCAAUUCGAGAUGAUACUGUGGUGGAGUUACUUCAGAACAAAGUUCUAUGGUUUUGUAUUGGAUGCAGUUUCUUUAGUAAUGAGGAAUGAUUUUGCGAAAAUCAGAUCACAACUAUGUUAGAUGGUGAAUGCGAUUCCUACAAGUUUCCAACUUGUUGACUA